GAACUUCGCUUCAUUUGAUUUAUUAGUGCACAAGUUGUAGAAGUACACUUUCAUUUUUCUGAACUACUUUUCCGCAGACCUUUAUUGAAGGAGCCAUGGUUGGCUAUACUCCCAAAGGAAUGCAACUUGCUGAAGAAAAACUGAAAGAAAUGGCAUCUAGGAACUUCUUCUUGAGCUCAAAAUGGGAAAUGAUCUUCUUAUUUUAGCCUCAGGCGAAAAGACUGGUGGUUUUACUGUUGCGAAUCUGAUUUGGGACAUGAUGCAAAGCAGUAAGUCUGCCAUUUCACUUCCAGCUGUUGAAGCAUAUCACCAAGGCUUAAAGGAUAGAGAGAUUCCUCAUGAUGAUCCACGACUCUCUUUAGUCUCAAAAACUUUGGAUGAUUUGCGUAAGAAAAGUGGAUUUUUAUCAAACUGGACAAACGCAACUCAAAAGGAUAGUUCUGUGCAAUAAGGGUUGUUUCAUCUCACGCUCAGAUGCUUGUUGGGAGCACAGGAUCAAUAAUUUAGGGAUUGAAAUCAGAGGGCGACUCAUGCAGAGAUGGAUCCAGAUGUACUGCUGUAAAAACCGGAAGUACUUGCCAGCCUCUGGGAAUGUGAUAAUCUCUAAAUUUUA